UGUUAUGACUCAUUUAAUGUUCUAACAAUGACCACCAAUAUGAAGCACAGAUUUGAUGCCAAUAAACCUGCACCACCUAUAAAGAGUUUAUUUACUAGUGGAGCUAUGAGUAGCACCACGUCAAGACGAACUUUACAAGUGAUUCAACCGCUUGCUACUUCAGAUCAACUUGUUGGCAGGCUUAAUGAGCCCAACAAGCAGUCUCCCAAAAGAAAACACUGGAAUGAUGAUCAACCAAAGAUCUGCAAGAAAUCACGCACACAGAUUGCUCAAGACACCACAGAAGGCAGCGAUGAGAAUUCGGAAAGUCAAGCCAUUACAAGAGAAGCUUAUCAACUUCUGGUUAAAGCUAAUCCAAGUUCCACAUACUGGAAGGAGUUGGCAGAAGAGCGAAGAAAAGCCCUGUUCAAGGUUCUACAAGAAAAUGAAAGACUACACAAAGAAAUUGAACAUAAAGAUGAAGACAUUUUGAAGUUACAGAAAGAGAACCAAGAGCUUGCAGAGUUAGCAGAGCAUGUGCAGUACAUGGCUGAUCUGAUUGAGAAGCUAACCGCACAGAGUGCUGAUGAGCAGGAAGCUGAGUCGGAGCAGGAAGCUGAGUCGGAGCAGGAAGCUGAGUCGGAGCAGGAAGCUGAGUCGGAGCAGGAAGCUGAGUCGGAGCAGGAAGCUGAGUCGGAGCAAGAAGCUGAGUCCAAUGUGGCUACAGAAGAACCUCUUGAGAGUUCUGAGUUAGGGUCUGAUAAGGAAGAAGAUUAGGUACAUUAUAUUCUAGACUGCCUAAUAAAAAGCUGCUGACACCAAAGGGGAGGGAGACUUAUUUCCCCUGCAUAGUUUUCUGAAAGAACUUCAGUGCUGCAACAAUGACUGCCAGUUAUAUGAACUGCCAUCCUCGUCAUCUCUAAUAUGAGUGGUCUUGUGUAAUUUUGUUCCAUGCAUAAGUUGAUAAUUGCAUGUUUAAAAUAUUCCUUUUUAUGUAAGGAACUGUAAUAGGUAGCAAAUAAACUUAAUGGACAAGAUUACUAAAUCUGUCCUUAUUUGAUAUGUAAAUGCAUUCCAGGAAAAUGUACAUUUAAGAAUUUAUGCUUUUAGUUGACAUUUUAGUGUAUACACCAUUUUGUGUAAUAAAUUUUUGUAAAGUU